GCAGGUCGCAGCAGCUGGCUACAGCUCUCCUGUUUAUCCUCAGCGUGGUUUUAAGUUUUCCUCUCGGCGAGAAGAAAACAGACGUUCCAACCUGCGGAUACGAGUCAUGUCAUGCCACCAAGCCGGGCAUGUUGAAUGUCCACCUGGUCCCGCACACACAUGAUGACGUUGGCUGGCUCAAGACUGUGGACCAGUACUUCUAUGGAGAUCGUAAUGACAUCCAGCACGCUGGUGUUCAGUACAUCCUGGACUCAGUUGUGGAUCAGUUGUUGAAGAAUCCAGACAGGAGGUUCAUCUAUGUGGAGACGGCCUUUUUCUACCGCUGGUGGAAGAGUCAGAGCUCCAGCAUGCAGCAGACAGUCAAACAGCUGGUUAACGAAGGCCGUCUGGAAUUUGUGAAUGGUGGUUGGUGUAUGAGCGACGAGGCUGCCACACACUACAGCGCCGUCAUUGACCAGAUGACCAUUGGUCUGAGGUUCCUUAAUGAGACUUUUGGAGCCUGUGGCCGUCCCCGCGUCGCCUGGCACAUCGACCCCUUUGGCCACGCCCGGGAACACGCCUCCAUGUUUGCACAGAUGGGAUUCGAUGGCUUCUUCUUUGGUCGUCUAGACUAUCAAGACCGGGCUCGCAGGAUGAGGGAUAAGGAGCAGGAGCUUCUAUGGAGAGCCUCCGACAGCCUCACUCCUCCAAUGGCUGACCUCUUUACUGGGAUCCUUCCUAAUGGCUACAACCCUCCUGAGGGCUUCUGCUGGGACCAGCUCUGCAGUGACCCACCUAUCAGAGACGAUCCUGAUCUUGAAGACUAUAAUGUUGAUGAUGUGGUGGGACGCUUCCUCGUCAUCGCCAACAGUCAGUCUACGGUCUAUAAGACCAACCACAUCAUCAUGACCAUGGGCUCAGACUUUCAAUAUGAGAAUGCCAACCUGUGGUACAAGAACCUGGACAAGCUGAUCCACUAUGUAAAUGCCCGGCAGGCAAAUGGCAGCAAAGUCAACGUGCUCUACUCUACACCGUCCUGUUACCUGCAGGAGCUGCACCGAGCAAACCUCACCUGGCCUUUGAAGACAGAUGAUUUCUUCCCCUAUGCAGAUGACGCUCAUGAUUUCUGGACUGGCUACUUUACUAGCAGACCAGCGCUGAAGCGAUAUGAGAGGAUCAGUAACAGCAACCUGCAGACUUGUAACCAGCUGGAGGUAUUUGGUGGUCCAGCUUCCAGGAAAGGACCCUUUGGGGAAGGUGAAAGCCAGACGAUGAAGAAAGCCAUGGCUGUGGCUCAGCACCAUGACGCUGUGUCGGGCACAGAAAAGCAACACGUAGCAAAUGACUACGCCAGGAAGCUUGCUAACGGCUGGCAACACUGUCAGGUUUUAGUCAGUAACAGUCUGGCUGCUCUCAGCGGCUUGUCUGCUGAGCGAAUCUACUGUGAUAACCUCAAUGUCAGCGUGUGUCCUCUCACUGAAUCCAGCAAGAAGUUCUCAGUCAAUGUGUACAACCCUCUCGCUCGGCCCGUCACUUGGCCCGUCAGGCUGCCGGUCAAUGGAACAGCGUACAGCGUGUCAGAUGCUAGUGGCAAAGCGGUGGACUGCCAGGUGGUUCACGUGUCACAGGCCACUCACGAAGUUAGAAGACAACGAGGCUUUGCAGUCAAUGAGCUGGUGUUCCAGGUUCAGGCACCUCCUCUGGGCUACACCACGUACACGGUGGCCCUGAUCCCGGACGGACCUCCACCUGCACCUGCACAGCAGCGCGCACCCACAGUGAUCCAGAAUAAGUUCCUACAAGUGACCUUUGACCCUGAGACAGGCCUGAUAAGCAGCCUAAACAAUCUGGAGACCAAACAGAGCAUCAAACUGACACAGAAUUUCUACUGGUACAACGCCAGUGACGGUAACAACGUAGAGAGCAAGCAGCCUUCCGGAGCCUACAUCUUCAGACCCAACUCUUCCACACCUUUCAUCAUCAGCCGGACGGCCAAGACGGAGAUCAUUAAGACGUCAGUGGUGCAGGAGGUGAGGCAGUGGUUUGCUCCCUGGGUGUCUCAGGUGGUUCGUCUCUAUGCUGACAGCAGAGCUCUGGAGCUCGAGUGGACUGUGGGACCUGUGCCGAUAGAUGACAGCUUGGGGAAGGAGGUGAUCACUCGUCUGGACACCAGUAUCAAAACCUCUGAAUAUUUCUACACUGAUUCCAACGGCAGAGAAGUUCUGCAGAGGAAGAAAGACUUCCGGCCCACCUGGAACCUGAAACAGUCAGAACCCAUUGCUGGAAACUACUACCCAAUUAACUCUCGCGCUUAUAUCAAGGAUGAUGUGGACCAACUCACUGUGGUAACGGAUCGCUCUCAGGGUGGAGCCAGCAUCCAGAAUGGUUCACUGGAGAUCAUGCUCCACCGCCGGCUGCUCCACGAUGAUUACCGUGGUGUUGGUGAACCUCUCAACGAGAUCUCUGGCAUCUUCCCAGACGGGCUGGUGGUCCGCGGCCGCCUCCUGCUCACCCUCGAUCCCCCGCAGACUGCUGCCGACACGCACCGCCCCCUCGCAGAGGGGAUGGUGUUGCAGCCGCUGCUUACGUUUACUGAUGGAGAUCUGAAGCCAAACACUCAGCUGGAGUUCUCAGGGCUCCUGGCUGCACUGCCCCCUGCUGUCCACCUGCUGACACUCAGUCAGUGGGAUGAAGACUCAGUGCUGCUGAGACUGGAGCAUCAGUACCAGAGCUCAGAGAGCAAAGUGAGCUCUCAGCCAGUCACAGUCAGCCUGCAGAAGCUGUUUUCAACUCUGGAGGUUCUGGGUGUGGCUGAGUUGAACCUGUCGGCCAAUCAGUGGAAAGAUGAGAUGAAACGUUUUGACUGGACUCCUGAGAAAGGAGAAAAGCCCCUGCUGAAGACAUUUCAAGACCCCUCCACGUGGGAGGUGACCUUAAGGCCAAUGGAGAUCCGAACGUUCCUUCUCAAAGUCAACCUUAGAUAGCCAAUCACACAUGAGAUUUUAUAGGAUGAAUUAUCGUAUAUUGACAUUCCUGUGGCUUGUUUACAUUGCUGAUUUAAUAAAGUGAGGAUUUUUAGGGGGAAAAAAGAUGAAUGAGAAGUUGUAUUCACGCUGCCUAGGACUUAAAAUCGGAUCACAGCUGUAGCCCGGACUGACCUGGGCAAAAGUCAUUUCAGGAUGCCUUCAGACUUUGAUACAGAAUAUCUGAUUAAGAUUGUCGUAAGACUGAAUUUGUUAAAGCUGCCUUUAACAUUUUUGAGAACAUUUACAUUUGUGGGGGGUUUUUAUGUGCUGUUGCAGUAACAGAAUAUCGUCUCCCACAAAGUGAUAUGUGCAAUAAAGCAUAAUCUUUGCAUUUCUGCCAUGUUGUAUAUACUUUGAUUUUUCUACUUAUCAAGAAGCAGCUAAUAAUAAAAAUCAA